AUGGCUGAAGAGAAUGAGUUUAAUGGCUUUAACGAAGAGCCAAACGAUAACUACAAAGUUUCAGCGAAGAAAACCGUCGCAGAAUACAGGAAUUUGGACGCAGAAGAUGAAUCGCUAGCCAAAUGGAAAGAAAGCCUGGGAUUGGGGUCUGACUUGUUACCCUUGGAGUUUCCUGGUGACAAGAGGCGGGUGGUUAUUAAGAAAAUCCAGCUCAUUGUGAACACGGAGCGCGAGCCUAUCACAUUUGAUCUCAAUAACGAGCAAACCAUCAAAGAAUUGGCAUCGAAACGUUAUAAAAUCAAGGAAAAAUCUAUCUAUAAGCUGCGCAUUAGCUUCAAGGUACAACACGAAAUCAUUACGGGUCUCAGGUACGUUCAGUACAUCAAAAAAGCCGGUAUUGCAGUCGACAAAAUCGACGAUCAUCUUGGAUCCUACGCUCCCAACACGACGAAAAAGCCACUAUACGAGGUCGAAUUGCCCGAGAGUGAGGCACCAAGUGGGUUUUUGGCUCGUGGCAGCUACAGCGCAGUAUCAAAGUUCAUCGACGAUGACAAGACGAACCAUCUUACGUUGAACUGGGGUGUCGAGAUCGUAAAGAAGUGA